CAUGCUAACCACUCGGCCAUGGCGUGUCACUCAAGGUUAUUGACUGAUUAUUCAUUUUCAUGAAGAAGAGAAGAAGAAACUAAGUACAAAAACAUGAAUCAGGUGGACUCUCUCAAUCAUGCAAAUAGGUGUCUCACUUCUGAGGAAAGGCGAUGUCAACAAAGGAUGUGAUGUCUCCUCCCUGCUCUUUAAACAAUCUGUCCGAGCAAAAGCUCUGGGAAAAUCAACUAAUAUUAAUUACUGAAAGAGCUGGAAUGCUGCUGAAGUGUUGCCUUUCGUUUCUCUAAAAUAAUUGUCUUCAUAAUCCAAACAGCUCAGUAUACAGAGAGCCUAAGAUUGCCGGUGUGGGGAUUCACAGUCUCAGAUUCAAUGUAAAGACAAUACGUGGAAAUAGGAAGCACCCUGUGCAGGACCCGCACUUCCAGAAAUUUCCCAGUCAAACAAAUGGGAGAGCUGAGUUGAGAAGCUGAAUAAAUUCUCAAUUCAGACCUGGAAUAAGACACUUGGCCACCUGCUAACUGGAAAUUUAAAGUAAUGGCUGAAGCAAUACCUCUGCGGGAAAAGAAGCAGAAAACUCUACCUCGACCUGAUGGGUGUGGUCUGAAUAACUUUGAUGCUCUAGAUCUGUCUGGAGGCCUGAGAAUAGUCCUGGUGGGAAAAACUGGAUCAGGAAAGAGCGCAACAGGAAACACCAUACUUGGCAGAGCUGCCUUCAGAGAGGAUCCCAGCCCCGUGUCUGUGACCAAACACUGUGAGACGCAGAGCGGGGAAGUGGAUGGGACAGCAGUGCAGGUCAUUGACACGCCAGGCCUGUUUGACACCGCCAUCACAGAAGAAGAGUUGAAGUCCAGGAUAGAGGAAUGUGUCAAGAUGUCAGUGCCGGGCCCUCACGCUUUCCUGUUAGUGAUCAGGCUUGGCGUGAGGUUCACCGAGGAGGAGAGAAAUGCUGUGAAGUGGAUCCAGGAUAACUUUGGCGAUGAUGCAUCCAUGUACACCAUCAUGCUGUUUACGUGCAAAGACCAGGCCAAAGCUGACAACGCCCUGAAGGAGUGCAAGGAACUGCGCAGACUGUCCAUUACAUUCGGACGCAGAUACCAUGCCUUCAACAACAACGACGCAGACGAUCGAGUCCAGGUCAAGCAGCUUGUCACCAUGAUCAAAGAAAUGAUACAAGACAACGGCGGCAAACACUACACCAAUGAAAUGUAUGAGAAAGCGCAAAGCAAGCUGAAAGAGGAGGAGGAGCGGAAGCGACAAGAGGAGGAAGAGAAGAAGCAGGAGGAGAGAAAAAUAUGGAAUGCAGAGAGAGAGAGGCAAGAGAAGGAGAGGGAAAAGCAGAACAAGGUUAAAAGAAAGAACGUCCGCGUGGCAUCGGCGGCCGCUGUGGUGCUGGUGUUGGCUGGCGUGGUUAUAGCAGUGGGGGCAGAUACCACAGUGGCGCUGGCUCUUGGAGCACCAACACUUCUCCUGGGAGUGUUAUGUGGCUUAGCUGCUUUUUGUUUGUGGAAAGGAGUGAGAUGCAAAGCUAAAUCGGAUUUUCCUGCAUAGAUGAAGGUCAUUGCUAAGGACAUAUUGUACCAUCUGCAGAAUAUGACCCCCAGUGUGCACGUUCAGCAAACACAGUAUUUGUUUUUACUCUAUAUCAGUGAAUUAUGUCAUUUUGGAAUCUUCUAUUUGCAGAAUUAAACCAUUUCCGCAGAAGUAUGCAGCACCAACAACAAACAUGCUCUCAUUUAUACUUCCAACGGCAUGAUGCUGACUUUUUAAUAAUAAUAAUAAUAUAUACAGCUGGUCCCACCUUUUUGCAGGAAAACAAGUAACUGAGAUGACCAUAUAAACGCCUAUUUUAACACUUUAACACAAACCAACAGGAGGUCAUCAAACCAAACGCCUCGCUCACUCACGGUGAAAGAAAAAUUUAACAAAAAGUAGCACAUGUGGAACACACAAUGUAACUGCACCACACAGACUAUGUGGGUAUUAAAAUAAAGGCUUACACACUAAUUAUUCAUGCAAAGCAAUACUAUUUUAUACUAAUUUCAUAAUCCGCAGGGCAUGCUGGGUAACUUCCUGUUGGAGAAGUGUGCGUGUGAGCUUUCCAUCAUGCUUUACGGGGUAUAAGUGUGAAAUAGUAUUGUUUUGCAUGUAUAUUAGUGUGUAAGCGUCUAUUUCGAUAGGGUAUACUCAUACACACAUCUUCCAUAUGUGUGACUUGUCGUGUUAUUUUAGGUUGCACUGAGAGUGAGGUAGGCAUUUGGGUUGAUAAGCUCUUGUUGGUUUGAUGUGUGUAAGUGUAAACAUUAAGCUGAUUCACUUGUUGAUGUUUGUUCUGUGUGACUCGAGCUUUUCCAGUGUCAGAUUAGAUGGGCUUUCUACCAAUACGCAGCCUAAUUAUGGAGAUUCCCACAUGGAGAUUCAUUUACAAACAGUGUGACUCUUAAUUACAGUAGAAUAAAUGUGCCACAACAGUCCCAAGUGAUGAUUUUAGUCGUAUUUUUUACUGUAGGUGUCAUGCGCUGUCUAUAUAAUUAGAAACAUUACGGGGUCACUUCCCGAAAGGAAAUGAGAGACAAUGGGAAAUGUCUGCACGCCAGCCAUUUAAGAAAGGAAACAUCCUGAGGCGCAACCUUACUCUAUACUCCGAUGAUGUCACUGCUAGCUCAGCACAUCAUUUUUCAUGGUAUCCUCAACCAAAAAAUGUUUUUCCUGAAAUGUCACCAUUUUCCAGCUGUUAAAGAUUGAGCCAGCAUGUGUGUUGUGAGAGAGGCCAUAGCUCUUUGGAAAUCUUAUCCAAGACUCUAGAUCAGGGGUGUCCAAAGUAUGGCCCGGGGGCCAUUUGCGGCCCGCGGCUGUGAUUUUUUUGGCCCGCCGCACAGUCUAAAAAUGUAAUUUAACAAGGAAACUUAAAAAAAAAACAACAACAGCAGCAGCAAAAUGGGAAAAUCAAGCAAAAGUCAAAAAUAUUAAGAGAAGAGUUGUAAUCUAGCGAGGAAAAAAAGUCAUAACUUCUCAAGAAGCAUUUUUUUUAGGUAAUAGUAUGAAGAAAAAUGUCAUAUUAGCAGCAUGAUGUUGAAUUAUUAAAGUUAUUUUUCUUAAAAUAAAAAACAAUGAAUAAAGUUGCAAUUUUUGUAAACUUAGGUUGGGGGGAAAUUGAUAACAUGGAAAUAAAGUCAAAAUAUUAGGAGAAAAGAAGUUGAAAUAUUUGGAAAAUUAUUUUUAAAAAAAUCAACAGCAGAAAUUUUACCAGAGUAAAGUCAAAAUAUUACGAGGAAAAAAUCGAUUUCUAAUUUGAAAAAAUAUGAGAAUAAACUCAUUUCAGUAACAAUGUUGAAAUAAAGAAAAAAAUAUAAUUGCAUAAUUGCAUAUAAAUUUACAAGAGGAAACAAUGAUGGAUGAAAUGAAACAGUUGGAAAAUAAAAAAAAAAAAUUAGCAGAAAUGAAGAACAGAAGUGCCAAUUUUACAAGAAUAAACUCAUAUUAUUAUAGAAAAAAUGUCAUUUUUAGUAGCAUUUCACCUAUAUUACAAAUAUAUUACAAAGGUGAAAUGCAGUUUUUUCUUGAGCUACAUAUAGCUUCUUAGCAUAUCUCAAUGUGUUGGUUUACAAAAUAUCAAAGUGGCCCUUGCAUCCUUUCAUUUUUCAGUAUGUGGCCCUCGCUGGAAAAAGUUUGGACACCCCUGCUCUAGAUCAAUGAAUCUAAGCACACUAGCCACAACUUUAAGUACACCUUGCACAAUCUAACGAGAUCCAAUGCAGGACCUGUAGCAGAAAUUCUGCAUUAAAAAGGUAAUAAUAUAAAGUUUAUUGACACUGUUAAUAAAAAGGCUAUUGUUUCCGAAAGUAGAAUUGCAGUAUUUUGCACGGAGGGGUAGUUGUAACAUUUUGACCUACAUGUAACUUAGUAGUGUGAUCACAAUAUUAGAGAUGGUGUUAAAUUAAUUACCAAAACGGAGCACUGUUAUCGUUGUAGACUUUAGAAAUGUUGAUUCCUCUUCUUCAGCCACGAAAAUGUUAAAAUGAAGACAAAUGCAAUUACAAAUACUACCUUAUCUUGAAUCCAAGUACCAUUUUGACACAAAUAUAAAACAACCAUGAAUAUACAGUAAAAAAAAAAAAAAAAAAAGAUUUAUUUUGCCUUUGAUUUUGUGCAUUUUUCCAAAAAACAAUCUUGAAAAAGAGGGGUCGUCUUGUACUCUACAAAAAUAUUGUUAGAUGUAAUUGUAGAUGUACAAGCCUCUCGUGGCACAUGUUAGAUAGCAUGACCAGAGCAGACUCGUCUAUUAUACUUGCUUUUGGCCUUGCUUUUUAUCCUUUAUCACAACAUAGGAUCGACCGGCUCCAAACAGUCUGUGAGGUGGAUGGAUUAUCUCAACAAAGGAGAAGUGCUCACUAACAAAUUUAGACAAAUUUGUGGAAAAAAAGGUGUAUUUCUGCAAGAUGACCAUUUAUUUGUACUUAUCUAGGGGUAUUGCUAGAACUUUCCUAAACUAAUUUUUUCCUGCUUACACAUUAGCAAGUAAAAAUCAUAUCUCCGAUUGACGACAGCAUGUGUUUGGGACAUCUGCCACAUAGCCAGAUUACUCUGGGUUUGAAUUUCAGGCCAGACAUCUGUGUGUGGAGUUUGCAUGUUUUCCUUGUGCUUGUCCGUGUUUUCUUGGAUGGAAAACAUUUGGAUUGCUUCAAAUUCACAGAUACCAUUCAAAAUUUUACUAUGCACUUAAUAAUUUACUGCAAUCCCUGGCCUCAGUUUGGGAUCAAAUACACGCCUGAUCAAAAGACCAGCUGAAAAAUGGCAGGAAUUUACAUUUUGCACUGUUGGCUCUUUAGGAGGUUCUAAGUAGAGCUUCAAAAUGAAAAGAAAAAAAAAAGAAACGGAAAAAGAAAAAGAAAGAAAUAGGAGUGAGCCAAAAAAAUUAGAAGCAAUUUAUUACAAACAAGCAUUAAAGUGAAAUAGGCCUCAUCAGUCGAUCAGAGGUUUAAGACCGUAGUCUUUAAAAGCCAAAAUAGUCACAAAAAUGUGGUUGUUACUGGUGCCGAGUGCAGUCCAAUAACCAUUAGACAGCAUCUGCAAGAGAAGGGUUUUCAGAACAGAAAAUGUCUUCAAAGGACUCGUCUCCUUUUGCUCAUUUGGAAUUUGCACGAGAGCACCAACAUGGGACACUGAAAGGUGGAAGCAAGUUUUAUUCACUGAUGAGAAAAAAAUGUGGCCGCACGGUGGUCUCGUGGUUAGCAUGUUGGCCAACACAGUAACAGUCUGGAGAUUGGGAAGAUUCGAAGGUUCGAUUCUCCCUUGGGCAUCUCUGUGUGGAGUUUGCAUGUUCUCCCUGUGCAUGCGUGGGUACUCCGGUUUCCUCCCACAUUCCAAAAACAUGCAUGUUAGGUUAAUUGACGACUCUAAAUUGUCCAUAGGUAUGAGUGUGAGUGUGAAUGGUUGUUUGUCUAUAUGUUCCCUGCGAUUGGCUGGCAAGUCAGCUGGGAUAGGCUCCAGCAUGCCCCCGCAACCCUAAAGAGAAGUGGUAUCAAAAAUGGAUGGAUGGAGAAAAAAAUUUAGCCUUGACAGUCCAGAUGUCUUCCAAUGUUAGUGGCAUGACAAGGAGAUCCCAACUGAGAUGUUUUCCACACGGCACAGUGAAGGGGGCACCAUCGUGAUCUUGGGUGCUUUUUACUUCAAUGGAACAAUGGAGGUUCAGGUUGCGCAGGGGUGUCAAACGGAAGCUGGCUUUGUGGAGAUGUUGCAAGUGGCAUCCGUCAUGACUGAAGAUCCUCGUCUGUGUGGUAAUAACUGGGUUUUUCAGCAGGACAACGCUGCAGCUCACAAUGCCCAUUCUUCCAGAAGAAUUACGUCACACUUUUGGACCAUCCUGAGUGUUCCCCUGAUCGAAAUCCAUUUGAAAACAUUUGGAGAUGGAUGGCAAGGGAAGUUUACAAAAAGGGGCAUCAGUUCCAGACAGUGGAUGCCCUCCGUGAAGCCAUCUUCACCACCUGAGGCAACAUUUCCAUUAGCCUCCUGGAAACACUGGCAUCAAGCAUGCGCAAACCAUUUUUUGAGGUGAUUAACAAGCUGGGACAGCUACUCAUUACUGAGUCAUUUUUUGAAAAUUGCAUUUGUAUUUC